CUUCAAUCAGUUUCCCGCGUCCCGCAGCCGCAGCAAGUAGUAACAUUUUUGUUUACAUUCUUUUUUCCAUGAUUUUUCCUGUUUUACGCGGGUGAUUAAAAUUAAAUUUUGGCCAGAGUAAAUAGUGUUUCCCCCGAGAAAAAGUGACUGCCCGCCACCAUGCCGGAGUACCAGAUCAACGGCAUCGCGGUCAACUUCCCGUUCGAGCCGUACCAGGUGCAACGGGACUACAUGGCCCGGGUGAUCGAGUGCCUGCAGAACAGCACCAACGGCGUGCUGGAAUCGCCCACCGGCACGGGCAAAACGCUCAGCCUUCUGUGUUCCUCGCUGGCCUGGGUGCUGCACAAAAAGGCCCAGGUCCAGGCCAACAUGCGCACGAACAUUACCGAUCUGAAGGAGUUCGAGAUGGUGCAGAAGAAGAAGGUUGGCGGCGGUGAUGGAACGGGCUCGGGAAUGGACGAACUGUUGGACAAGCUGAACGAUGGCAGUGGCUCCGAGGGGGCCAAGUGGGGCGUGCCGAAAAUUAUCUACGCAUCGCGAACCCAUUCGCAGCUCACGCAGGUGAUGCAGGAAAUGAAGAACACCAGUUACAGUUUUAUGAAGGGAGUCGUGCUGGGAUCGCGCGAUCAGCUGUGCAUCCAUCCGGAAGUAUCCAAGGAGGAAGGAAAUGCGGUCAAAACCAACCUGUGCAAGGCUAAGAUUCAAUCGAGGACGUGUUCAUUCUACAGCCGAGUGGAAAGCUGCAAGGAGCGUCCGGAAGUGGUUACCACCGUGAUCAUGGACAUAGAAGAUCUCGUUAAGGUGGGGACCAAGGUCCGAGCUUGUCCCUUCUUCCUGUCCAAGGAACUGAUCGAAAGCGCCGAUAUUCUGUUCAUGCCGUACAACUACCUGCUGGACCCCAAGGUACGCAAGGCCAACAAUCUGGAACUGUCCAACACGAUUAUCAUUCUCGACGAGGCACAUAACGUGGAAAAAAUGUGCGAAGAAUCGGCGUCGAUGCAGAUCAGGUCGACGGAUAUUGCCCUGUGUAUCGAUGACAUCACCUCCAUCAUGAAGGUGAUGGACCAUUCGGUGGCCAUUCCGGAGGACGAUGAAACGAAGAAGGAUUUUACGAUCGAUGACUUGGCGCUGCUGAAGGAGAUGUUACUGAAGCUGGAGAAAACCGUUGACGAAAUUCCGAUGAUGUUCUCCCAGGGUGGUAAUACCUUUCCGGGGACGUAUAUAUUCGAGAUAUUUGAAAAAGCCAAUAUCAAGGAAGGCAACUACCACAUCAUCGCCCAACUGCUGGAGAACAUCAUCCAGUACAUUGCCACCAUCACGGAGAAGAACAACUUUGUGCGCCGUGGAGGUGGUUUGCAGAUCCUGGCGGAGGCGCUGUCCAUCAUAUUCGCCGGAAGUGGUCCGGAAUACCGGGCGUCGAUCGACAAGUGCUACAAGGUACACAUUGAGUUCGAGGAGCAGAAGAAGGCCCGGGGGAACGUACGGCAGGCGGAUGGCUGGACGGCGACGAAGCAGCUGGUGCCGUCGGUUAAGGCCAAUGCGAAGGUGGUUAGCUUUUGGUGUUUCAAUCCGGGUUUUGGGAUGAGGCAACUGUUGGGCAGGAACGCCAGGAGUAUAAUACUGACGAGUGGUACCUUGGCUCCGCUGAAGCCUUUGAUCAGUGAGCUGGACAUUCCUAUCGCGGUGAGAUUGGAGAACCCGCAUAUCAUCGAUGGCAGUCAGGUGUGCGUGAAGAUUGUGGGUCAGGGACCGGACAAGGAGAUGCUGAAUUCCAGCUACAGCAAUCGGGACAAUCCAAAGUAUAUUUCCAGCUUAGGGCGAACGAUUCUGUCGUUUUGCCCGAUCAUUCCUGGAGGAUUGCUGGUGUUCUUUCCUUCGUAUCCGCUGCUGAACAAAUGUCAGGAAGCGUGGCAGGAAACCGGAAUAUGGUCCCAGAUUAGCCGGACGAAACCGAUAUUUGUGGAACCUCGAGGAAAGGAUCAGUUCUUGAACACAAUGACUGAGUACUAUCAGAAGAUCAACGAUCCAGACGGGAAGGGAGCCGUGUUCAUGGCCGUCUGCCGAGGUAAAGUGUCCGAAGGGUUGGAUUUCGCAGAUAUGAACGGUCGGGCAGUAAUCAUCACCGGUUUGCCGUUUCCGCCUCUGAAGGACGCUCGUGUUAUACUGAAAAAGAAGUAUCUCCAAGAAGUUCGAACCAAGGAAAACGAAAUCAUUUCCGGUGACGAGUGGUACUCGUUGGAAGCAGCCCGAGCAGUGAACCAGGCCAUCGGACGAGUUAUCCGACACAAAAACGACUACGGAGCGAUUCUGUUGUGUGACAAUCGGUUCCACAAUCACCGUCAAAAGUCCCAACUCUCCUCCUGGAUACAGCGUCACGUGAACACGAGUCAGCACCAACACUUUGGUCCCAUCAUCGGUGAACUAUCCCGGUUCUUCCGAAAUGCCGAGAAAUCCCUCCCUCAAGCGAAGCUUUCCCGUAACAUUGUGCCCCUCGUGCAGGAACCCACGUCUCUCCCGGAGUGCACCAUCCCAGGCGCCCUCAUGGUCAACCGGGAUACCAAACGAAAACUGGACGACAUCCGGAAUAACUUCGUCCACAUCGAAAACUCCAACCAUGUGACCUACAGCAACACUUUCAACAUUUCCGACUACGAUCAGAAACACGGACCAGGCAAUGCCUCCGGACCGAAAAACUUCCUCACUCGACUGAACACCGAGGUCCGUUCGAUAGAUUUCAACGACAUGACGACGUACUCCAUGCCCAGCUCUUCCCAAACUGGCCAAGUUACCAUCCACCACCGGGAGCGAUCAACCGCAAAUUCGAGCUCCUCCGCAUCCACCUUCAGCCAAACGUCCCAAAAGAAGCGAAAGCUGGUCCUGAUCCCGCAGCAAGUCAUCAACCUGACCACCAGCGACGACGAAGCUGAUACCAAGACAUCCCCCACUGGUGACGAUCCCACCCGGCAGGCCCCGGAGGAUCGCGUCGAGCUGAUCAAGGUCAUCAAAACGUCCAUUCCGCUGGGCAAGUACCAGGCAUUCCUGACCACACUGACCAACUACAAUCGGGAACGGGACUUUGACGCCCUGAUUGAGGGAUUGCUGGUCGCGUUCGACCGGCCGGAGCUGUACUACCUGCUGAGAGCCAUGAGGCGGUUCGUCAAAGGAGAUCAUGAAGCGCGGUUCGAUGCCAAAAUUCAAGAGGUUUGCGGUAGAUGAUCGUAAUCAUCGAUCGUAGCCACGGAUCGCACGUAGUUGGGGCCAUCGAUGCUGUGCGCACAAACGAGUAGGUAUUGUGAUAUUGAUUGUUAGUGUGGGUGGAUGGGAGGAAUAGGCGGAUCGCUCGGAUUGCCCGGAGAUGUCCACGUCAAUGCUGCCCAUUCGAAGUGAUCUAGUAGUUUGUUUAAUAAAGUCGCUUUGAGAUAUCGUUAAGUUUUGUAAAAAGAAGUUGUUGAUUACUGUAUCCGAUAGCUUUCCUCAUCUCCUUUUCUCUUCUCGGCGUAACGUCCUCACUGGCACAAAACCUGCUUCUCAGCAAAGUAGUCUAGUCUAUGAGCCUUUUCAC